GGGAGUUGUAGUCGCCGGGGGCAGGCGCGGUCGGUAAGGAGACGUAGAUUUCCUUGGGGUCCGCUACUGCAGUUGGUUCCCGGCGGGAGCCAAGAGGAAUGGAAGCUUCCUGGCGCCAGGUGGCCGGUGGCCGAGGCCGAGCCCGAGGACGGGCCACCGCGGCCCCUUCUUCAGGAAAUGGAAUCCAUCUCCGCGGCGCCGGAGGAGGGCGAGAGAAGGGCUCAGUGGGCGCUGCGGGACCUGGCCCCAGCUCCCGAGGAGCCGCGACCCCUGCGGCUCCGGGUAGUUCAGCCAGGCGCAGCCCCGCGGGAUCUGAAGCCCUGCAGACUUCCGUAGCAUGUGCAGAGCUAAUGUCUCAAAGGAAAUUUGAGGAAAUCAAGAAGGCCAAUCAAGCUGCAGCCAAAAAACUUGUUGAAGAACACUUUAGCUCUUCCUCUGAAGAAGAAGGAGAUGAAGAUUUUGAAGGAAAACGGGGGAAAAUAGUUGCUAAUACAUUUACAAGUUAUACUACUCAGACAGAUGGAGAUAUGCAUGAGUUAGAGCGAACAAGACAGUAUGUCCAUGAAGCUUUCCAAGCAGGGGCUAUGACGUGCUUGAUUUGUAUUGCUUCGGUGAAGAGAAACCAAGCAGUUUGGAGCUGUUCAGGAUGUUUCUGUAUAUUUCACAUGCCCUGUAUCCAGAAGUGGGCUAAAGAUAGCCAGUUUCUGGUAUCUUCUCCUUUGACGGAUGACGAUUUUGGAAAGAGAGAUUAUCCUUGGCCAUGUCCAAAAUGUAGGUUUGAAUACAAACGAUCUGACACACCUAGUAGGUACUAUUGCUAUUGUGGAAAAGUAGAAGAUCCACCUCUAGAUCCAUGGCUUGUGCCUCAUUCAUGUGGCCAAGUAUGUGAGAGAGAAUUUAAACCUCCUUGUGGCCAUAAGUGUUUACUCCUCUGUCAUCCAGGUCCCUGCCCUCCUUGUCCAAAGAUGGUCACAACUACUUGUUACUGUAAAAAAGCAAAACCUAUACCUCGUAGGUGCAGUACUAAGGAAUGGUCCUGUCAGCUGCCAUGUGGGCGGAAGUUGCUUUGUGGACAACAUAAAUGUGAAAAUCCUUGUCAUGCAGGAAAUUGUCUGCCCUGUCCAAGAGUUAGUAGACAGAAGUGUGUCUGUGGGAAACAAGUAGCUGAAAGGAGCUGUGCGAGUCCACUGUGGCACUGUGACCAAGUAUGUGGAAAAACCCUGCCAUGUGGUAAUCAUACAUGUGAGCAAGUUUGCCAUGUUGGUGCUUGUGGAGAAUGUCCUCGAUCUGGGAAAAGGUUCUGUCCAUGUCAGAAGUCAAAGUUUUCUUUGCCGUGUACAGAAGAUGUACCAACUUGUGGAGAUAGCUGUGACAAAGUACUUGAAUGUGGAAUCCAUAGAUGUUCACAGCGUUGUCACCGAGGUCCUUGUGAAACAUGCAGACAAGAAGUGGAAAAGCAUUGUCGCUGUGGAAAGCAUACAAAACGAAUGCCAUGUCAUAAACCUUAUCUAUGUGAGACUAAGUGUGUUAAGAUGCGGGACUGUCAGAAGCAUCAGUGUAGGAGAAAGUGUUGCCCUGGAAACUGUCCACCUUGUGAUCAAAACUGUGGACGGACUUUAGGAUGUAGAAACCAUAAAUGUCCAUCUGUCUGCCACAGAGGCAGUUGUUAUCCCUGCCCAGAAACUGUAGACGUGAAGUGCAAUUGUGGUAAUACAAAGGUGACGGUGCCCUGUGGCCGGGAACGUACCACAAGACCACCCAAGUGCAAAGAGCAAUGUAGUCGACCACCAACUUGCCAUCAUACAAGUCAAGAAAAACAUCGCUGUCACUUUGGCUCUUGUCCUCCAUGUCAUCAACCUUGCCAAAAAGUUUUGGAGAAAUGUGGUCACUUGUGUCCUGCUCCAUGUCAUGAUCAAGCAUUAAUAAAGCAAAUUGGCAGGCACCAGCCUACAGGCCCUUGGGAACAGCCUUUGGAGCCAGAAUUUAUUCAGACUGCAUUACCGUGUCCUCCAUGUCAAGUUCCUAUUCCUAUAGAAUGUCUUGGGAAGCAUGAGGUGAGUCCACUACCAUGCCAUGCUGUAGGACCUUACUCUUGUAAGAGAGUAUGUGGACGAACCUUAGGUUGUCAGAAUCACACGUGUAUGAAAGAAUGCCACAAAGUAACUGAAAUUGAUACCUGCGUUGGCAAAAACAAGGCUGGCCCAGAAUGCCUUCAGUGUGAAGAAGGGUGCUCUAAAUCACGGCCUCUGGGUUGUCCCCAUCCAUGUGUUUUGCCGUGUCAUCCUGGAGAAUGUCCUCCUUGUGUUCAGAUGCUUAGAAUAAAAUGUCACUGCAAGAUCACAAGCCUGUAUGUGGAAUGUAGAAAGAUAACCACAGCGGAUGUAAAUGAAAAGAACCUCCUUAGUUGUUGCAAAAAUCAGUGUCCUAAAGAGCUUCCUUGUGGUCACAGAUGCAAAGAGAUGUGUCAUCCUGGUGAAUGUCCCUUUAAUUGCAACCAGAAGGUAAAACUUAGAUGUCCUUGUAAAAGAAUAAAAAAGGAAUUGCAGUGCAACAAAGUACGUGAAAAUCAGAUUUCAAUAGAAUGUGACACAACAUGCAAGGAAAUGAGGCGGAAAGCAUCUGAGAUAAAAGAGGCAGAAGCCAAAGCUGCUCUCGAAGAGGAAAAACGAAGACAACAGGCUGAACUGGAGGCUUUUGAAAACAGACUGAAAGGUCGUCGGAAGAAGAACAGGAAAAAAGAUGAAGUGGCAGUUGAGCUAACACUAUGGCAGAAAUACAGAUAUUAUCUCCUUCCAGCGUGUACACUUGUGGUUUUAGUGUUUGCAUGGUACAUAGUCCACGAUGAGGCUUAAAAACUUUUGAUCUGUUCAUAUACCUCAGAUUGGAUUUAGAUAAGUUGUUCACUCUGGAAUAUUAGGAAGUGUAUACUGUAGAACAUAUCUAUUCACAUUCCUCUCUCUAUUUUCUUCCAGCUGUUGUUAAAAGGACAGAAUGUUGAGCUUUAUCUUAAUUAGCAUACUAGAAGUGGCAAUAUAACAUUUUUAAUAGUAAAAGCAUGACUGAAAUUGUAAAAUAUCUCAUAAGCCAUAGCCAGUGGCAGGGUAACACGUCAGUUGUUCAUUGUGCUUCCUUGUGUUAACAUAGUUGUUUCACUUCCUGUUUCAAACCAACUUUCUUUUUUUUUGCAAAAUUAAGAUGAAACUGAGCCAUAUGUGCAGUAAAAGGACUGUGUCACAAUGUUUUGGUUACUUAUUAAAAGGUACUUUUCUUGAUCAUGGUUUCUUGAUCAUGUAACUUUGUACUUUAUUCUCUAAAAGACCUCUUAAAUUGUAACAUGAAGCUAUAUAAUUAGAUUCCAGAAAUUGGUUUAUUAGUGAGGAAUUUUUAUCAGUUAUUGAAAUAAAUUUUUAUGUAGUAGGUACCUCAGAGGAAAAUAUAAUUGUUUUUUAAAAAAAGCCAGGCUAGAUUCCUCACAUGUGGCUAUUUCUUGUGUAAGAAGCAUUUAACCUGAAGUUUGGCAUGUUUUGUAAAACUUGUAUGUGUCUUUUCAAAGUAAUAAUUAAAAAACCUGGUAUUUAUGAGCAAUAGAUGCUGAGCACAGGGCUUAUGAGCUUUAUAUACUUAUUCUCAUUUCUUCUUACCAUGAUCCUGUAAGUAGAUUUCAGCUGGAAGUAAUCAGUUCUUAUGAAAACAAGCUGAUAGAGAAAUAUCAGUAAGCCAAAUCUUUUUGAAUUGUCAUUUUAGAUGGUUUUGCUAUUUAAUUUUUGUAUGCUUAAUGUUUUCAUUAAAAUUUUUCAUACCAAAUUUGUAACCUAGAAUAUUUACUAUUAUCUAAUAGUAAUAAAAUUAGAGUCAGGAGCCUAUAAUUUUAGGCUAGGUGUUAAUAUCACUGUAUAAAAUCUCUAAUACUUGAUGCAAUACAUAAUUAUUGAUAGACACUAAAAAGUAUAGAAGUAUGUUUUAAACAAGUACAAAGAAGGCUUUCUAAACUUUGCUGACUUUAAUGCAAAAUUUUUUAAUGUUCUGUUCUUUCAUCUAGUGUUAGUGUCUAAAAUGAAAGGGCAGUCAUUCCUUUCAUUAUGGUAUUUGUGUUUUGACUUCAGAUUUUUUUUCUUUUAUACCUUUCUCAAUGCUAGAGUACCUGGGUUGUGUUUCAGAAGCUCUAAAUUAGAGCUGCUACACUCAAGUCAUUUCUUUACUCUAAAAUGAAUAUUAAAGACUGAACAACUAGGUGUCUACCUGGGGAGCUGUUUUCAUGUAUCUCAGAAUUUCGGCCUAAUAAACAAGCCUGAAGCCUGUUUCCUAUCUGUUUGUUGGGCUUCUGUUCUGGCUAGUUUUCUUUCUAAUUUGUGGGGAAGAAUUUAGUGAGCAGAGAGAGGAGAUUGAAUGAAUGAAUAAUAAGUUAAGCUGUUUACUGUUUUUUAUUUGCUUCAUUAAUUUACCUAAAGUUACACACUAUUUAAUCAACAGACAUGUUUCCUGUGUGGUAGGUACUUUGUAGGUACUAGAGAUAACCCUGAUCCUUUCUCUUGGGGAGCUGGUAAGGAGCGGAAGAGGGCAGGCAGGAAAUAGAUACUCAAUACAAUAGACAUCCUUUCGUGUGUGAUAAGUGGUGUUUAAAAAUGAAAUGGUACAGAAAGUGAUGAAAAAGGGGGUGAAAGGUCACUAGCAGCUUUAGAUUGGGAAAGUCCUGCUGAGAUGGGGACAUCCGAACUAUGACCUGAAUGAUCUCCAUUUGAAGAUCUGAGGGAAAAGUCCAUGAGGGAGGGAAAGUAGCAGGUACCAAGUCCGGAAGCCCCAUAGACCCUGGUGAGGAAUUAGGGUUUAUUCCAGUCACAGUGGGCGGUGUUGGAAGGUUGUCAGUGGGGGAAUAGUUGCUGUCCUUAAGAUGACUCGCUGCUGGCUGCUGGUGGAGACAAGACUGUAAGGGGCAGGGGAGGGAGGUGGGUUGGGAGGCAGCCCAGGCUGGAGGUGCUGCUGAGGCUGGGCUCUAGUUCCCCACCGCCCUUGAAUGCCCUUGAAUGCCCUUGAAUGAGUAGCAGGUGUGAGGAAGCCCUGGAAACAGCUGUGUGAUGAGUGGAAGGGGAGUGAAUGAGACAGGAUAGAGGAAAUAAGUUCUUUAAGGUCAAAAUGCAGUUCAGUUGGGCCUAAAUAUAUACAUGAAUUUGUUCUGAGGGAAAUAAAGCAGUACCUUUUGGCCUUUUUUGCUUCAAUCUGAACCAAUUAGAGAAGGACUGAAAAAGUUAGCAAAUAGCCACUAGGAACGACACAGAUAAAAUUGUGAAUGUGUUGGCCUUAUCAAACUCCUCCACUUUGUGUCAUUGUAAAAGUUGGAUGAGCUUACUAUUUGAAAUUUGGGGCAUAUUUAUGUUGAAAUUUUUAGUUUUUCAGCUUGAACUUUUAGGGAUUGAUCUAAAAAGUGUUUCUGUUUCAAUUUCCCUAUUCAAGUCCA